AUGGCACCGGGCGAAGAUGCCGCGCGCCGGCGGGCGAUCGCGGUCCUCCGCGAGGAGGAGGCAAAGGCCGCAGCGGCGAAGGCCAAGGGGACCAAACGCCCCCGCGGCUUCGUCAACCGCGUCGCUCGCGAGGGAACCGCCGCGGGCACGGGGAAAGGCGACUUGCCCGAGCGUGGCCAGCAGGGCACGAAAGAGUGGUUUGAACGCGCAGCGCUGGGCCCGCUCCUGUGGCGCCGCACGACGCGCGAAGAGCUCGGCAUGAUCCCCCGCGAGUUCGCCAACAUCAAUAGUUACGUCAGGUCUUUCGAGCCGGUGAUGAUGGAGGAGGCGCGAGAAACCAUCCGCAAGGCGUGGAAAGAGUCCCUCGCGGAGAAAUCGCAGUUCGCGUGCUCCAUGGCGAGCGAGCUCAAGGCGACCGGCGGCGGGUGGAGGCGCGUCCGGUUCCACAUACGCGACCAAGCUGACGCCGAGAUGUUUAAGGCGUUGUGCCCGGAUGACGGCGUCGUCAUCGCGUGUGUGAGCACCAUGAACGAGGCCGACGACCCGUGGCCCCACGACGAAUCUGGCCUCGAUCUGCCCAUCGCCGCAGCCGGGUUAUGCAAGGGAAUCAACGCGAAGGAACAGACCGUCGACUUCAGCUUCUGGAUCUCAGCCGAGGUGGACACCGCGACGAAUCCGUCCACGCCCGGCUGGAGGGAGUGGCACGAGCGGUCGAGAGUGCGAGAGCGGCUCACGCUGGAGGCUUUCGAAGGCGUCAGAAGGUUGGUCAGGGGCGACAGGGGCGACGCGCUCAUCGGCGGGCACGCCGUCGCGGAGGAAGGAGAGAUGGACGCGAGGCCACCACCGGUGUCUCCCCACGACCGCACCUGGUUCCUCGCGCCCGCGGGUAAGCUGCACUCGUGGUACAACGCGUACGAAGCCCUGCACCACGUCAGGCGACUUCACGGUCCCAUGCGCCAAGCGAUGCUGAAGCCCCCGAAGGACGGCAUGCCGCGCGUACGCAACGUCCCCGCGCCGCCGCUGAGCGUCGAAAUCGCGGGUAAUCAAAAGUUCGUGGAUUUUUUGGUGAAGAACUUCAACGAACCUCAGCUCGCGGCGAUCAAGUGGGCCGCCGCGCACACGUUGCGGUCGUACGAAAGAGAGGGUGACCAAUCGCACGAGGAUCCGUUCCCCUUCACGCUCGUCCAGGGCCCGCCCGGCACCGGUAAGACGCAGACGGUGUGGGGGAUACUCAACACUCUGCAUUGCCUGCUGUUCCAGAGGUAUUACAAGUCUAUUCACGAUGCCAUCGCCCGAGGCACCUCUCGCGCCACGGGCACCGAGUUCACCGCGGCUCUCGACGACGACGACGCCGAGUGGCUGCGUUCCGCGAGGGAGGACGGCGAGGAGGACGAGGAUAAGGACGGAGGCGGAUUCACGGUUCGAGACCUGUACACCUUCCUGAGGGACACCACGGGUGUCGAACGCGGGCAAACGUACGGAGUCUAUAAACCCAGAAUCCUGGUCUGCGCUCCGUCAAACGCGGCGGUGGAUAACCUUUUGGAACGUGUCAUCACUAAGCGGUUUCACCAGCUCACCGGGGAACUCUACACCCCCGCGGUGGUGCGCGUUACCGCUUCGGAAACGGUGGUGAGCGACGCCGUGGGCCCGGUGACGACAUCUCGGCUGGUCGAGGACCUCAUCGAGAUGGGAAAGUCGGAUGGCAAAAAGUUCGACGGCGCGCGCUGGAACGCAGAGUUCCACAAGCACGCGAAAUUCGUGAAAGAGGCGGGCAAUUUCAUCAAAUACAAAGAGCACGAGCUGGUGGAAUUGACCAUGGCGUCCGCGGAACCGAGAACGGUACCGGCGGAAGGGGACGACGUGGAACCGGGGGAGGAGAUCGACACGAGGAACCAGAAGAGUCACGGGAUCAUCGCAGAGAUACUCGGGAUGAACGAGAACCGCAACCGAGCGGUGACCGAAAUGGCCCGGCUCGCCUACUUGCUCGACAACCUCGGCCCCAACGCGCACCACGUGACGCGAAAUCAGCGCAUAGACGGCAAGGUGGACAGGCAGAUGAAGUAUGACCAGCAGAGGGCGAUACGGAAGGUGAGGGCGGCGCUGGAGGCUUCGUUUGUCGACGACGCGGAGAUUGUCUUCACGACUUUGACUUCUUCUUCUCGGAAAGUUUUCCGGCAACUCACACACGGUUUCGACACCGUGCUCAUCGACGAGGCCGCCCAGGCGAAUGAGAUGGCGACGCUGAUCCCGUUUCUGCACGGCGCCAGGCGAUGCGUGCUGGUGGGUGAUCCGCAGCAGCUUCCGUCCACCGUCAUCUCGAAACACGCGCAGCAGGUUUCGUUCCAGCGUUCGCUCUUUGAACGCUUCAACGAGCUCGGUGCCGAGGCGCUGUUGCUCUCCGUGCAGUACCGCAUGCACCCUGAGAUUCGCGAGUUUCCCAGCGAGGAGUUCUACGAGGGCAGACUCAUGGACUCGGCAUGUGUUAUCAAACGAAGGCCAGAACCGUAUCAGCAAAAGGAGUCGGGGCUCGGCACGUAUCGCAUUUUUGACGCGCACGGUCUCGAGGAGCGGACAACCUCCAACUCGGUCAUCAACCACUUCGAGGCCAUCCUGGUCGUUUGCCUCUACAAGAAGAUCGAUAAGGUGCUCAGAGACGGCACGGGCGAGAGCGCGGAGGGCAAGGUGUCGGUUGUCACCCCGUACAAGGAGCAGGUGACGGUGAUUCGGAAGGCUUUCGAGCAGUUGUGCGGUGGCGAGGGCGCGGCGUCGCGACUCAGGGUCCAGAUCAACACCAUCGACGGGUACCAGGGCCAGGAGAGCGACGUCAUCAUCUUCAGCACGGUACGCGGCAGCGGCGACGGCGGGAUCGGUUUCCUCUCGGACAUCCGCCGCCUAAACGUCGCCAUCACCCGCGCUAAAAAGGCUCUGUACAUCGUGGGCCGCGUCGGGAAGUUGCGCGCGGCGCAAGCCGGCGGCGAGUUCACCGUGUGGCGGGACCUUGUACAGAACGCGAUGGACCGCGGGUGCAUCGUGGAUGACGCGGAUCCUAGGGUGACGUUCGCGGACGUCGUGCCCGUCGAAGAGCAGGAGCGCGCGAUGAGCAAGCUGACAAAGGGUAACCGUCGCGGGGUGGGUUUCAAGCCUCUGAAGCCGCGGCACCCGGAGAACCCGCAGCCGGAUAACCAGAGGGUCUGCCGCGAGUGGCUCGCGGGUAAGUGUCUGUACGGCAGCGACUGUAGGUUCGCGCACGAGAAGCGGUACGACGCGAAGAGCAAGAAGCUGUGCAGGGAUUUCAUGAUGGGUAAGUGCCACCGCGGCGCGGAGUGCGUUUUUUCUCACGACACGGCGAUGGGCGGCGGCGGCGGCGGCGGCGGCGUGUCCAAGUAUUCGGCGCUUCCCCCGCCGCCGUCGACGUCUGCGCGGCGUGACGGUGAUGAGCGGCAGCAGCCGGUGAUUGACGACAUCUGA